UUUUUUUUAUCAAUGUCUUAUCAGUUCUAUAUAAAUUUAUCGAAUGUGAUAACAAAUUGCGAUUUUACAAGUUGAAUUGUAAUAACAGAGUUGUGAUAAUAAUUAAAAAAAAAUUAAUAAGGAAGUGCAAGUGAUAAUUAAUUUUUUUUAUUACUCCAAUAAUUAUCUGGGGAAUUUUUGAUGCCGUUUUUGUUUUGCGGUUUUGUGUUUAACUCGUCGGACGACGAGACACGUGAGAUGCCGGUAGCGUCAAACAACUACUGGCUUCCGGAGUCUGCUAAAAUACUAAAUCUUCACGCAAACUCAGCUGGGUGGAUGUCGCCGUACAGCAGAGUUCAAGGGGCAGUUGAGCAUACUCGUACUCCGGGUAGCGAAGGAGAAGGUGGAGGCUUAAACAGCUCCAAAGAACAGCAACAGUGUCGUGAUGUGAACAAGGAGUUGGAGGGUACACACGCCGACACCGGGAAUAAAACUAUAUUUGCUAAUAAUAAUAAUAUCAAUAGUCGUAAUAACAGUGGUGUUACUUGCAAUAGUCAUGGGAAAAAUCAUUUGAAUAAUAGUAGUAAUAAUAAUAAUAUUGUUAAUAGUAGUGAUAAACAUAAUAAUCACCGUAAUAUUGGUGGUAACAGUCAUAAUGGUAGUGGGGUUGUUAUUUUGGAGGGGUGCAGGCCGAGCACGACUACUGCAAGGAGAUUUUUGAGGUGGUUUGGAAGAAUUGGACAACCUGUUAUGGAAAAAUCAGGGGUAUUGGAGAUGGCCGCGACAGAAAGCACGAUACGUUUCAGUGGCCACACAUUAGAUAAAGCUACCAAGGCAAAGGUGACAUUAGAAAACUACUACAGCAAUUUAAUAGCCCAACAUAUUGAGCGAAAGCAAAGGCUAGCAAAACUCGAGGAAUCAUUGAAAGAUGAAGGUUUAUCCGAGCAGCAGAAACAGGAGAAAAGGCUUCAGCAUGCGCAAAAAGAAACAGAGUUUCUUCGCUUGAAGCGAUCCAGACUCGGUGUCGAAGACUUUGAACCACUCAAGGUCAUCGGUCGUGGUGCCUUUGGCGAGGUAAGACUUGUGCAGAAAAAAGAUACCGGUCACGUUUACGCAAUGAAAAUAUUAAGAAAAGCAGAUAUGCUUGAAAAAGAACAAGUUGCACACGUAAGAGCUGAAAGAGAUGUACUCGUCGAAGCAGAUCACCAGUGGGUUGUUAAAAUGUAUUACAGUUUUCAAGAUCCAAUUAAUUUAUAUUUGAUAAUGGAGUUUUUACCUGGAGGCGACAUGAUGACGCUUCUAAUGAAGAAAGAUACACUUUCAGAGGAGUGCACUCAAUUUUAUAUAUCCGAGACGGCGUUAGCUAUUGAUUCUAUUCAUAAAUUAGGUUUUAUACAUAGAGAUAUUAAACCAGACAACCUGUUGCUUGAUGCACGGGGUCACAUUAAAUUAUCGGAUUUCGGCCUAUGUACGGGACUUAAAAAGUCGCACAGAACUGAUUUUUAUAGGGAUCUCAGUCAAGCUAAGCCAUCUGACUUUAUGACGUCAUGUGGUAGUGGCAGCGGUGGUGCAAUGGACAGUAAAAGACGAGCUGAAAGUUGGAAAAGAAAUAGACGAGCAUUGGCGUACAGUACGGUUGGAACACCCGAUUAUAUUGCUCCAGAAGUCUUCCUUCAGACUGGGUAUGGACCAGCUUGUGACUGUUGGUCUCUUGGUGUUAUUAUGUAUGAAAUGUUAAUAGGUUAUCCUCCGUUCUGCAGUGAAAACCCACAAGAAACAUAUAGAAAAGUAAUGAAUUGGCGAGAGACAUUAAUAUUUCCACCAGAAGUGCCGAUUAGCGAGGAGGCCAAAGAUACUAUUAUUAAAUUCUGUUGCGAAGCUGACAGGAGAUUAGGAUCUCAAAGAGGUAUUGAAGAGCUAAAAUUAGCACCUUUCUUCCGAGGUGUCGAUUGGGAGCAUAUACGUGAACGACCCGCUGCGAUACCAGUUGAAGUCCAAUCGAUAGAUGAUACAUCUAACUUUGAUGAUUUCCCUGACGUUAAACUUGAAAUACCUUCAGCACCACUGCCCCAGGACGGAGAGGUGAUAUACAAAGACUGGGUCUUCAUAAAUUACACAUUCAAACGUUUCGAAGGCCUUACACAGCGUGGAACGCCUACGAAAAAAUAGCAAUCCUAUAAUUCUGCUUCAAUGAUACUAAAUCAGCAAUCAGACCCAUUAAAUCCGGCCCAAGUGCACCAGCAACAUCAGCAACAUCAGCAACAGCAACCGACAACACUGUCAACAACCUCAUCAACAAACCAGCCGUCCGAGGACGGCUGUUAAAUUUAUUUUCAUCACCAACAAUAAAUAAUAAGUGUUUUAAAGUUGCUUAUACUUAUACUUAUUAUUAAAUUUUUAAAUAUCUCAAGAUGUUAGGCCUGGAAAGCUGAUUUUAGACGAUACGAUUCUGCUCUCUACAAUUAGAGUACCAAAACGUUUUAAAUUAAAACUCCAAUCAUGUUUCAUUUUUACUCGACGAUAUUCUAUUUUAAUUAAUAAUCCUUUUUUAUUGAUAA